ACUUAGGUAUUUGGCAACACUGCGACACUACUCCGUUAGUUGUUCAUUAGCAGUUGUAGAGGGAGGACGUGCGCUUCUCCGCUCCUCUCCCUGCAUUGUCGCCGGUACCUGCCCAUAUUUUUUUGACCUUAAGGCGGCCCAGGUGACCUUGCUGACCCAGAACCAUGAUCAAGGAAGCGUAAGAAAACAACAACAACAACAACAACAAUUACAACAUCUACUACUACAGCAACAGGAGAAGCACUCGCGCGCACGCACACACGCCCGGCAGCCAUGAUUGAAAGUAGAGAGUGGGUCUUCCGAGUUUCCUGUUGUGUGGACCCUGAGGAGACAGUAUGCGUGGUGGGGAACAGCGAGUCUCUAGGGGCGUGGCAAUCCCAGCACAUGGUCCCACUCACAAGGGAGCACCCAGUGGUGGAGGAAGGAGGGGAGUCUGUUUGGUCUACCUGCCUUCAAGUCCCGCUGACUGGGGUUGAAUACCGGUACUGUGUCUGUAUUGUUCUGGAACCGCGACCUGGACUACAUGAAAGAACUUUGGUGAUUCGACGCUGGGAGACCAACCUCCUACCUCGCCGGCUGAGGGAUGGAGUGACCUGCCCAGCUGACCCACAGGCGGAGAAGUUCGGAUCUUUUGGUGGAUAUGAGCGAGUGGAUCAGGGGUGGUUAGUGAAGGAUUCCGUGGUGCAGCUCAGGUUGUGCUCCUCCGCUCUGUACAAUGACCCUGUUAUGCUGUUCAAGAAGAAGUACCAGGAUAAGAAGUUCUCGCUACAGAAUGUUCGGCUCGGCGUUGAUUGUGCGAGUGUGGUGAGGGUCAAAGUAACCCCUGUGGAACUUGACGCCAGCACGCCCCAGGAACCUUCAGUCAAUGGUGGGAUAGAGGAAAGCACAGAUUUUGAUUUGUCUAACCUGCGACUCAACACCAAACCUAUCUGGCCCAUCAUGGAGGUUGCGGUGAUGAAGGAAGACGCGUGUGAAUUUAAAACGCAGGAGCAGUUUGGUGUAGUGUGCAACAAUGGCGAUUACGUGGUUUUCCAGUGCCGAAUGUUGAUGCCGGAGAGCAAUAUGUUCCUGUGUGAUUUUUACGUGGAAGAGGGUGAUGAAAUACCCAAAUACCUCGGCUGUUCGUAUAUUCUUCCGUCAAAUCUGAAAGAAAACUAUGGGGUUGCUACUUUGCCCAUCACAUCUCCUAAACAUGCCCCGGUUGGCCAGCUGACAGUUCACUACAUGGUGGUUUGCCCUAUGGACUAUGGCGGGGAUAUGAGUGUGUCCUAUGCGCGUCACUGGAAGGACAGCUGGAAGGGCCUGGAGGUGGGACAUCGAGGUGCUGGAAAUUCAUACCAUUCUGAGCCCAAAAGCUGUGCCAACAUCCGGGAGAACACAGUGGCUUCCCUCAAGUAUGCAGCAGAAAAGGGUGCGGACAUGGUUGAAUUUGACGUGCAGCUAAGCAAAGAUCUCGUCCCUGUUAUUUAUCACGAUUUCCAUGCUUGUAUUGCGCUCAAGAGGAAGAAAGAACAAGACAAGACUGACUUGCUGGAGAUUCCCAUUAAGGAUUUGACGCUUCAGCAGUUGCAGGCACUUAAGGUGUACCACAAGAAGGAGAAAGGGUUGAGUAAAUUCCAGGAUGAGGACUUUGAGGAUCACCAGCCCUUCCCCACCCUGCAGAAGGCCCUGGAGGUGGUGCCCCAUACCUGUGGGUUCAAUGUGGAGGUGAAGUGGACAAUGCAGAUGAGAGAUGGGACGUAUGAACUUCAGCACCCGUUUGAACUUAAUCAUUUCCUCGAUUUGAUUAUUAAGAUGAUACUGGAGCACUCCGACAAGAGGAAGAUUGUGUUUUCCUGCUUCCACCCCGAUAUCUGCACGAUGCUGAGGCUGAAGCAGAACAGAUACCCGGUUAUGUUCCUUACUCAGGGCGUCUCCGAGGUCUGGCCACCCUACGAGGACCAGAGGACGAACAGUGUACAGCAAGCUAUUCUCUAUGCUGUCAAUGCUGAUAUUCUGGGCAUCAACGUGCACACAGAGGACUUGAUGCGUGACCCCAGCCAGAUUACUGCGGCCAUGGAACACAACCUGAUCGUGUUUUGCUGGGGCGACCACAACAACGACCAGGAAAAUAUCAAGUUUCUCAAGAAGGUCGGACUCCACGGCAUCAUUUACGACAAAAUUGACGUCUACAACACAAAGGACAAGAAAGAAAGUAUAUUCCUGUUUGAAGAGCAAGCAGCGGCCGAUGAGUUGGUCCGCGGGGAAGAGGAGAAGAAGAAGGAGGAGGAAGAGGAGGUGGCUGCUGCUGCUGCUGCUGCUGCUAACCUGGCCCCCUCUGCUGCCCGGGUGAUGCAAGGGGGGGGCGGGGAGAGGUGAGCCUAUACCGGUGUGUGUCCUUUGCCUACAUCAUUCACUGGUAUAUUGUCAUAUUAGAGAGAGAGAGAGAGAGAGAGAGAGAGAGAGAGAGAGAGAGAGAGAGAGAGAGAGAGAGAGAGAGAGGGGGGGGGGGGUUGAUGUGACUUUCUGCAUAAUUUAUUGUUUCAUUUAUUCUUAAUUAGCAAAGUGUUUUUCAGAUGUCUUUAUUGUAGUUGAAGUAAGGUUGUUUUAAUGAUGUUUUGUCUGACUUGUAGUUUUUAAGGUUGUAUUAAUCUGAAUUAUUAUUAUUAUUAUUUUUUUUUUUAUCUUCUUUUUUGUUAUGUGAUUAUUAUUGUUAUUAUUGUUAUUUUCCUCUUUUCUUUCUCCUCUUCUAUGUUAUUUUUGCUAGAUUAUUAUUGUUUUUAUUAUUUUUUUUUACUUUUUCUUUCUUUUUUCUUUCUUUUUCUGUGUUAUUUUGUUGCUUAUUGCGUCGUUUCUGGAUUUUGUUUUGUUCGUUGCGCUUAUGCAUCUUCGCGUCACUCGUGUUGUGUCGUGUUUCAUAUAUUUUUAAACUUGUACAUCAUUUAAUUUUUUUUUUCGAUAUUGAAUUGAAUUUUCCUCUUCUUUUUUUUUGCAAGUAAUUUUUUUUCUAUAUUUUUUUUGAUCAGUUUUUAUUUAUUUGUUUAUUUUUUGAUAGGAUAAUUUCAUACAUACAUACAUACAUACAUACAUUGUUUACUUUUUCAUAUGUUUAAACUUUCACACACACACACACACACACACACACACACACACACACACACACACACACACAUAUUUACAAGUGUGUGUGUGUAUGUGUGUUAGUAUAGCAUAAGUUACCAUAUCUUUAUUUAUUGUGUAUUUCAUGUUUUGAUGUAUUUUGUGUGUAUUGGCAGAGAGAGAGAGAGAGAGAGAGAGAGAGAGAGAGAGAGAGAGAGAGAGAGAACCACCUUUCCAAGCAUUAAUUAAAAAAAAAAAAAGGAUUUAUAUCUUAAAAAUAAAUAAAUAAAUAACUUGAGCUAUGCAGUUGAUGAGCAAGGCCACUGUUGUGAUGCGUCUGUCUGUUUGUACGUAAGAAAAUUAGAGGGAAAGCUUAACAGUCGUCUACCUAUUGGCUAUAUAUUGCAAGGAGAUGUGUGAUGUACUUGUAAUAUCAUCAGCUGUAAGGAUUUUGAGCUGUUUAACAGUGUGUGUAUCAAAAGAAUUACAUUUUUUUUUCUAAAGGGCUGUUUUCUGCAGUGUUUUUCAAGACGAACAUUUGCGUAAACAGUUGUCUUUAAAAUUCGAGUGACAAAACUUGUGUUAUCAUCAAGUGUAGCGCUGCGGAACUGUUUGCCAGUGUUUGUACUAGAAGAAUCAAGUGUUUUUCAAGAUUACGAUUUGCGUCAACAAUUAUCAAUAAGAAGUGAGUGGUGUAACUUACAGUAUUAUCAAAUGAGGUACCGAAGUGUUAGGCAUUUUAUAUACAGAGGUUUUUCAAGGUCAAGAUUUGCGUCAACAAUUAUCAAUAAAAAAAUAGAGGUAACAAUAUUAUCAAAUGAGAUACGGAAGUGUUAGGUUUUUUAUAUACAAAGUCAGGUUUUUCAAGAUCAACCUUUGCAUCAACAAUUAUCAAUAAAAAAAUAGAGGUAACAAUAUUAUCAAAUGAGAUACGGAAGUGUUAGGCAUUUUAUGUAGUCAGGUUUUUCAAGAUUUGCGUCAACAAUUACCAAUAAAGUGUUAGGCUUUUAUUUUUAUUCUUAUUUAUUUAUCUAUUUAUUUUUAAAGAUAGAUCACUAGUUGUGGAUGUAACGGGAAUGACACUUGAGAGAGAAGAGUGAGCUAGCAUUAAGAUCAUCCAGUGUUGUGAUGCCGAGUUGUGUAGCACUGUGUUGACCCAAGUCUUUGAGGAAAUAGAUGAAAAAAGGAACAAGUUGCAUAAACAAAAAAAAAAAAUAAAUAAAUAAAUAAAAAAAUUGACAUACGUAAUGAAGUAAAUAAACAAAGAGGAAAGAUAUGAUUUAAAAAAAAAAAUAGAGAGAAAAUGAAAUAAAAUAGAAUGAAUAGAUAGAUAAAAGCUGCGUUGAAAGAAAAAGCAUAACAAAUAAAGGAGAAACUGAAAAAGGAAAAUAAUAAGUGAAAGAAUAUGUGUAUGCAGACUUAACAAUUAUGAAGGAAUAAAUAAAAGAGGAAUAAUGCAGAAUGAAAUAUGAGAAGUUAUUAAUUGUGAAAGAGAGGAAGGAAGGAAGGAAGAGAGAGAGAGAAAAAAAAUAAGAAGAUAAUCAAGAAAAAUCUAUCAAUUAAUAUGUUGUGAUGUAAUAAAGAUAAAUAAGUUAUAGAAAAAUAUAGCAAAAAUAAAUUAAUAGGUAGUGAAUAACACGUGGUAAAAUUUAAAAAAAGACAAUAAAAAUAAAUAAAAUAAAAUAGAUACAGAAAAAAAAUAAUAAAAAAUAAAUAAAUAAAUAACAAAAUAAAAUAAGACAUAGAAAAAAUUACAAUAAAAACAAAUAAAUAAAUAAAUAAAUAAAACAAAACAAAACUGCAAUGAAAGAAAGAAAAAAAAAACAUACAAACAAAUAAUAUCUAUACACACAAACACACACACAAAACCUAACCUAACCUAACCUAACCUAACCUAACCUAACGUAACCUAACAACCUUACACAAUAUCGCCUCAGCACAAACAAACAUGUAAACACACAAACACACACACAAAACCUAACCUAACAACCUUACACGACAUUGCCUCAACAUAAACAAACAUCACGUAAACACACAAACACACACACAAGAGCUAACCUAACCUAACAACUUUACGUAUUACCGCCUCAGCAAACGUCUUGGCUAGUUACGACAGGCACAGUGGAGUCUUGCAGAGUUGACAUGAGCUUUUGAGUAUCGUGUUUGAAAUGGGCUUUACGUUUUAGUGAAGACUGUACGUUUGGAAGCUACAGAGAGAGAGAAAGAGAGUGAGAGAGAGAGAUACGAGGCAGUGUUUUGUAAGGUUACGUUCGAAAUUAUUAAAGAUUUUGGUGUGUUUUGAUAAGGAUUGUAUGUUUAAAAGCUUCAGAGAGAGAGAGAGAGACGAGACAGUGUUUUGUAAGGUUACAUUCAAAAUUAUUAAAGAUUUUGGUGUGUUCUGAUAAGGAUUGUAUGUUUAAAAGCUUCAGAGAGAGAGAGAGAGAGAGAUGAAGCAAUGUUUUAGAAAGGUUAUGUUUAAGAUUAUUAAAGAUUUUGGUGUGUUUUGAUAAAGAUUGUUUGUUUAAAAGCUUCAGAGAGAGAGAGAGAGAUAUGAGGCAGUGUUUUGGAAAGGUUAUGUUUAAGAGACUAAGAAAAAGCACUUUAAUGAAUGUUUGGAAGAGAUUGUGAGAGAGAAACUGUAACACGUCUGAAGGAAUAUUACUGUUGAUGGAAUAAAGGAAAAAAAUAUAUGUUUGGAAGAAUAAGUUAAAAAAUAUACUCCAUUUUAUUGAUCAUUUGUGCAUUUGGAAGGCUUAAAAUAGGUACAGGUGUGUUUAGAGAGAUAGGGUUUGCAAGGGUGUUUUUAAGGUUCUAGUGACAGAUUAAUAUUUCUACAUUACUAACUGGAGAAACACUCUUGAAAAUUCAGCUGUGGCCUUGAGAAAACAGUGUUGACAGAGAGACAGUGGGUUUGCAACGGUGUUUUUAAGGUUCUAGUGACAGAUUAACAACAUUUCUACAUUACAAACUUGAGAAACACCCUUGAAAUCCUGGCUGGUCAUCUCUGUGGCCUUGAGAAAACAGUGUUGACAGAGAGAGAGAGAGAGAGAGAGAGAGAAUAGUGUUUGAGAAUACACGGAUGAAGGGAAGGUUACAUUUGAAAGAAUAAAGGAAAGGAUAGCAUUUUGAAGUAUAAGGGAGAGAAUAUUCUACUUGUCCUUCAGAAUACAUUGUUAGACUCCACUUGUUAUUGUUCGUGUCAGCAUCACCAGCAUCACCACCUCCGCCCGGCCGUGUCCACUACAUUAGUGAGAGGGUUGCCUGACACUUGCUGUACCCUAGGCUGCCUGUGAUGUGUUGUGGCAUGUUUUAGUGCCCACACACACACACACACACACACACACACACACACACACACACACACACACACACACACACACACACUGAUAGAUAGAUAGAUAGAUAGAUAGACAGAUUGAUAGGUAGACAAACAGACAGCUUCAUGGACACACACACACACACACACACACACAGAUAGAUAGACAGAUUAAUAGGUAGACAAACAGACAGCUUCAUGGACAAACACACACACACACACACACACACACACACACACAUAGAUAGAUAGACAGAUUGAUAGGUAGACAAACAGACAGCUUCAUGGACACACACACACACACACACACACACACACACACACACACACACACACACACACACACACACACACACACACACACACACACAGGUACAUGUAGGUGUUAUUUACCCCAAUGUUGCUCCAUACAAACAUUCUAUUUUCCUCAGAACAAGUUACCGAAUUUCAUAUCUCUCGCGUACCGGCUUUCGUUGAUUUCUCUGCCUUACCGAGGGAGUGUUUAGGUGUUAGACUGUUGAUAGGUACAAUGGACACUCUAUUUUCAGCAUGCUUAGUUAUACAGCGCUAUAUUGCCCUUUUAAACAGCUUUCGUUCAUUUGCUGUGAUGGACGCAGAGAGACUGAGUGAAAAUAUCCUUGUAUUGUCUGUUAAACUCUUACUGAUCUUCACUACAAGUCAGGCUGUGUAAUGACAAAUAUAUGGGUUUAUUUCAUUACAUUAGUCAUAUUUUCCUCAAGAGCUUGUGUUGAGUUGUGACAGGCAGAGAGAGGGUGAGUGUAAAUAACCUUGUGUUCACUAUGUUAUGUUAAGCUCAUCAUUCUUCACUACAUGUCAGACUCUGUAGUGACAAAUACUUGGCUUUAUUUCAUUAAGUUUGCAUUAUUUUCAUUGAUGUUCACGAAAGAACAAACAGCCACACGUGUUUAAGAGUCAAAGGGUUAAAUUGUUUCGUAUUAUUGAGUCAGCAGAUUUUUAUUUCUUUUCUUUAUUUAUUUACUUAUUUUUAUGUCUUUUCCUUCAUGCUGUAAUGGAAAAACAAGCUAGUUUCCCCCUAUCUAGUAUUUCUUAUCUAUUAUUUACAAAAGAACACAGCCGCACGUAUUUAGGAGUCAAUUAAAAAAGUUUAUUAUAUCACUAAAUCAUAAAUAAGUGUGUAAUCAGGAGCUGUAAUCUUUGUUUAUGUCUGGCAGUCAGUCGUAACCCUUCUGCUUUUUUUUCUUCUUCUUUUCUUUCUUUUUUUUCUAUUAUUAUUUUACUUGAUGUCAUAGUGAACAAACAAGCUAAUGUACACUACCCUAUAUCUUUGGGAGUUAAGAGAAAUGUGAAUGCUCUACAUUGAAUCAGGAAAAGAAUAUUUGAGGUUAGAAGUUAAAAAUUAAUCGAGUCAGGAGAAAGGAAUUUUUUAGUUUACGAGGCAAAAAUUAAGUUUGUUAGGCCAAGAAAAGCAAUGUUUGAGUUUAUGAGGCAAGAAUUAAGUUUGUUAGGCCAAGAAAAGCAAUAUUUGAGUUUAUGAGGCAAGAAUUAAGUUUGUUAGGCCAAGAAAAGCAAUAUUUGAGUUUAUGAGGCAAGAAUUAAGUUUACUGAGCCAGGAAAAAGAAUAUGUCAGGUUGGGAGUUAAAAAUUAAGUUUAGUAACGAACCAGGAAAAAAUGUUUGAGUUUACGAGGCAAGAAUUAAGUUUGUUAGGGCAAGAAAAGCAAUAUUUGAGUUUAUAAGGCAAGAAUUAAGUUUACCGAGCCAGGAAAAAGAAUAUGUCAGGUUGGGAGUUAAAAAUUAAGUUUAGUAACGAACCAGGAAAAAAUGUUUGAGUUUACGAGGCAAGAAUUAAGUUUGUUAGGCCAAGAAAAGCAAUAUUUGAGUUUAUGAGGCAAGAAUUAAGUUUACCGAGCCGGGAAAAAGAAUAUGUCGGGUUAUGAGUUAAAAAUUAAGUUUAUUAACGAACCAGGAAAAAAUGUUUGAGUUUACGAGGCAAGAAUUAAGUUUGUUAGGCCAAGAAAAACAAUAUUUGAGUUUAUGAGGCAAGAAUUAAGUUUGUUAGGCCAAAAAAAGCAAUAUUUGAGUUUAUGAGGCAAGAAUUAAGUUUGUUAGGCCAAGAAAAGCAAUAUUUGAGUUUAUGAGGCAAGAAUUAAGUUUGUUAGGCCAAGAAAAGCAAUGUUUGAGUUUACGAGGCAAGAAUUAAGUUUGUUAGGCCAAGAAAAGCAAUAUUUGAGUUUAUAAGGCAAGAAUUAAGUUUACUGAGCCAGGAAAAAGAAUAUGUCAGGUUAUGAGUUAAAAAUUAAGUUUAUUAAUGAACCAGGAGAAAAUGUUUGAGUUUACGAGGCAAGAAUUAAGUUUGUUAGGCCAAGAAAAACAAUAUUUGAGUUUAUGAGGCAAGAAUUAAGUUUGUUAGGCCAAAAAAAGCAAUAUUUGAGUUUAUGAGGCAAGAAUUAAGUUUGUUAGGCCAAGAAAAGCAAUGUUUGAGUUUACGAGGCAAGAAUUAAGUUUGUUAGGCCAAGAAAAGCAAUAUUUGAGUUUAUAAGGCAAGAAUUAAGUUUACUGAGCCAGGAAAAAGAAUAUGUCAGGUUAUGAGUUAAAAAUUAAGUUUAUUAAUGAACCAGGAGAAAAUGUUUGAGUUUACGAGGCAAGAAUUAAGUUUGUUAGGCCAAGAAAAGCAAUAUUUGAGUUUAUGAGGCAAGAAUUAAGUGUAUCAAGCCAGGAAAAGCAACAUUUGAAUUUACGAGACAAGAAUUAAAUUUAUUGAGCCAGGAAGAGGAAUAUUUGAGUUUAUGAGGCAAGAAUUAAGUGUAUCAAGCCAGGAAAAGCAACAUUUGAAUUUACGAGACAAGAAUUAAAUUUAUUGAGCCAGGAAGAGGAAUAUUUGAGUUUAUGAGGCAAGAAUUAAGUUUACUGAGCCAGGAAAAAGAAUAUGUGAGGUUAGGAGUUAAAAAUUAAGUUUAUUAAUGAACCAGGAGAAAAUGUUUGAGUUUAUGAGGCAAGAAUUAAGUUUGUUAGGCCAAGAAAAGCAAUAUUUGAGUUUAUGAGGCAAGAAUUAAGUGUAUCAAGCCAGGAAAAGCAAUAUUUGAGUUUAUGAGGCAAGAAUUAAGUGUAUCAAGCCAGGAAAUGCAAUAUUUAAGUUUAUGAGGCAAGAAUUAAGUUUGUUAGGCCAAGAAAAGCAAUAUUUGAGUUUAUGAAAGAAGAAUUAAGUUUACCGUGCCAGGAAAAAGAAUAUGUCGGGUUAUGAGUUAAAAAUUAAGUUUAUUAACGAACCAGGAAAAAAUGUUUGAGUGUACGAGGCAAGAAUUAAGUUUGUUAGGCCAAGAAAAGCAAUAUUUGAGUUUAUGAGGCAAGAAUUAAGUUUACUGAGCCAGGAAAAAGAAUAUUUCAGGUUAGGAGUAAAAAAUUAAGUUUAUUAACGAACCAGGAAAAAAUGUUUGAGUUUACGAGGCAAGAAUUAAGUUUGUUAGGCCAAGAAAAACAAUAUUUGAGUUUAUGAGGCAAGAAUUAAGUUUGUUAGGCCAAGAAAAGCAAUGUUUGAGUUUACGAGGCAAGAAUUAAGUUUACUGAGCCAGGAAAAAGAAUAUGUCAGGUUAUGAGUUAAAAAUUAAGUUUAUUAAUGAACCAGGAGAAAAUGUUUGAGUUUACGAGGCAAGAAUUAAGUUUGUUAGGCCAAGAAAAGCAAUAUUUGAGUUUAUGAGGCAAGAAUUAAGUGUAUCAAGCCAGGAAAAGCAACAUUUGAAUUUACGAGACAAGAAUUAAAUUUAUUGAGCCAGGAAGAGGAAUAUUUGAGUUUAUGAGGCAAGAAUUAAGUUUAUCAAGCCAGGAAAAGCAAUAUUUGAGUUUACGAGACAAGAAUUAAAUUUAUUGAGCCAGGAAAAGGAAUAUUUGAGUUUAUGAGGCAAGAAUUAAGUGUAUCAAGCCAGGAAAAGCAACAUUUGAGUUUACAAGACAAGAAUUAAAUUUAUUGAGCCAGGAAGAGGAAUAUUUGAGUUUAAGAGACAAGAAUUAAGUGUAUCAAGCCAGGAAAAACAAUAUUUAAGUUUAUGAGGCAAGAAUUAAGUGUAUCAAGCCAGGGAAAGCAACAUUUGAGUUUACAAGACAAGAAUUAAAUUUAUUGAGCCAGGAAAAGCAAUAUUUGAGUUUAAGAGGCAAGAAUUAAGUUUUAUCAAGCCAGGAAAAACAAUAUUUGAGUUUAAGAGAUAAGAAUUAAAUUUAUUGAGCCAGGAAGAGGAAUAUUUGAGUUUAUGAGGCAAGAAUUAAAUUUAUCAAGCCAGGAAGAGGAAUAUUUGAGUUUAUGAGGCAAGAAUUAAGUUUUAUGAAGCCAGGAAAAACAAUGUUUGAGUUUAUAAGGCAAGAAUUAGGUGUAUUUGAGUUGAAGAGACAAGAAUUAAGUGUAUCAAGCCAGGAAAAACAAUAUUUAAGUUUACAAGACAAGAAUUAAAUUUAUUGAGCCAGGAAGAGGAAUAUUUGAGUUUAUGAGGCAAGAAUUAAGUGUAUCAAGCCAGGAAAAACAAUAUUUAAGCUUACGAGGCAAGAAUUAAGUUUAACAAGCCCAAAAAUAAAAAAAUAAAUGGUGUUUACAAGGCAAGAAUCAUGUUUAUCACAUUACGGAGUCCGAGAAAGAAGAAACCAGCUUAAGAGUAAAGAUUUAAAGUUUUAUCAGUGCAUUGGGAAAAAGAAUAAGCUUACAAUAUUUGAGUUUAUGAGGCAAGAAUUAAGUGUAUCAAGCCAGGAAAAGCAACAUUUGAGUUUACAAGACAAGAAUUAAAUUUAUUGAGCCAGGAAGAGGAAUAUUUGAGUUUAUGAGGCAAGAAUUAAGUGUAUCAAGCCAAGAAAAGCAAUAUUUGAGUUUAUGAGACAAGAAUUAAAUUUAUUGAGCCAGGAAGAGGAAUAUUUGAGUUUAUGAGGCAAGAAUUAAGUGUAUCAAGCCAAGAAAAGCAAUAUUUGAGUUUAUGAGGCAAGAAUUAAAUUUAUUGAGCCAGGAAGAGGAAUAUUUGAGUUUAUGAGGCAAGAAUUAAGUGUAUCAAGCCAGGAAAAGCAAUAUUUGAGUUUAAGAGGCAAGAAUUAAAUUUAUUGAGCCAGGAAGAGGAAUAUUUGAGUUUAUGAAGCAAGAAUUAAGUGUAUCAAGCAAGGAAAAGCAAUAUUUGAGUUUAAGAGGCAAGAAUUAAAUUUAUUGAGCCAGGAAGAGGAAUAUUUGAGUUUAUGAAGCAAGAAUUAAGUGUAUCAAGCCAGGAAAAGCAAUAUUUGAGUUUAUGAGGCAAGAAUUAAAUUUAUUGAGCCAGGAAAAACAAUAUUUGAGUUUAAGAGGCAAGAAUUAAGUGUAUCAAGCCAGGAAAAGCAAUAUUUGAGUUUACAAGACAAGAAUUAAAUUUAUUGAGCCAGGAAGAGGAAUAUUUGAGUUUAUGAGGCAAGAAUUAAGUGUAUCAAGCCAGGAAAAACAGUAUUUAAGUUUAUGAGACAAGAAUUAAAUUUUAUCAAGCCAGGAAAAACAAUGAGUUUAUAAGGCAAGAAUUAAGUGUAUCAAGCCAGGAAGAGGAAUAUUUGAGUUUAUGAGGCAAGAAUUAAGUGUAUCAAGCCAAGAAAAGCAACAUUUGAAUUUACAAGACAAGAAUUAAAUUUAUUGAGCCAGGAAGAGGAAUAUUUGAGUUUAUGAGGCAAGAAUUAAGUGUAUCAAGCCAGGAAAAGCAACAUUUGAAUUUACGUGAGAAGAAUUAAAUUUAUUGAGCCAGGAAGAGGAAUAUUUGAGUUUAUGAAGCAAGAAUUAAGUGUAUCAAGCAAGGAAAAACAAUAUCUGAGUUUAUGAGACAAGAAUUAAAUUUAUUGAGCCAGGAAGAGGAAUAUUUGAGUUUAUGAGGCAAGAAUUAAGUGUAUCAAGCCAGGAAAAGCAAUAUUUGAGUUUAUGAGGCAAGAAUUAAAUUUAUUGAGCCAGGAAGAGGAAUAUUUGAGUUUAUGAGGCAAGAAUUAAGUGUAUCAAGCCAGGAAAAACAAUAUUUAAGUUUACGAGGCAAGAAUUAAGUUUAACAAGCCCAAAAAUAAAAAAAUAAAUGGUGUUUACAAGGCAAGAAUCAAGUUUAUCACAUUACGGAGUCCGAGAAAGAAGAAACCAGCUUAAGAGUAAAGAUUUAAAGUUUUAUCAGUGCAUCGGGAAAAAGAAUAAGCUUACAAUAUUACCCGGAGCAGUACAGCAUUCUUUCAGACGGCUUAGAGCUUCUGCACAAAUAAAAAUGCUGACCAAUCGGCUUGCAGUAUUUGCCCCGCUGCGGUGAUGAUGAUGUGCUGGGGGCUUUUUUUUUUUUUUUGUGUGUGUAUUUUCGUGUAUUUUAUUCGUCCGAGUCGUUUGUGUAUGCUGCGAUUGUUAUAUAUCUUCUGUGUUAUUUUUUUUAUUUAUUUGCUUAUUUAUUUUCUCUUCAUUCUUUACAUUUUUUUUUUUGUAAGAUAAUUUGUAUGCUUAUCUUUCAUUUGUAUUGAUUUUUUUUAUUCUUUCAAGUAAUUCUUUCUUUCUUUAUUCAUUUAUUAUUUAUUAUUAUUUUUUUUUAGCUUGUAUUUUUUUCACUUCCUCCUUCUCCUCUUCUCUUUUUAUUUCCUUUAUUUCUCCUAGUUAUUAAUCUCUUCUUCUUUUUUAUUUUAUCUUUCAAAUUAAUUCUCCUAUAUGUUUGCUCCUGUCUUUAAUUUUCAUCUCAUCUUUUUUUACCUCCAAAUUAAUUCCUUGUAUAUAUUAUUUCCUAUACAACUUCACUUUCUCCCUUCAAAUCCAUCCUCAGCACUUUAUUUUAUCAGUUUAUCUUCUUUUACAGUUCAUUUAUUAUCUUAAGCAGUUGUCUGUGUAUCCAGUCUUCUCAUCCUCUCACUCAGUUUUGCUAUUCUUUCAAUUAAUUCACUGGGCUAAUCUCUCCUGCACCGCCUCUGUCGUUCGUGUUCAACCUCGCGUUCCGUUUUCUUUCUUUAUUUUUCUCUCGUGUCGUUUCGUUUCCACGCUAUUCGGAAAAACGUAUGCAAAGAAAAUAUGUAUAAAUAAAAUUGAUGAAAAUA